ACAACAACAAAGAAAACUGCAUGCAACAGAAAGCUGCUUGUUAUGCCUUGUUCUUGUUGACUUGCUGCAGUGAAAUUAAUUCUAAUUAGCAUAGUUUUAGCUACGAUUGAGCUGUAAAUACAGUUUUAGAUUGAUAAUAAUAUGGAAAAUCUGGAAAAUAUCUCUUUAGUCGUAAAACUCAUAAUCUUCAGUUUUUGCAGCGCUUUUUUGCCAGCAAUCGUAAAUUGGGUCAUUGAUUUAAAGCAGAGCAAAUCAAGCAGAGAAAAAGAACUGAUAUCAGAACUAAGGACAUUAAAAACCGAUUUGGCAGGAAUAUCUAUGAUGGACGAGUUUGCCAAGCACGCAAAACUGCAAAGAAAAAUAAUUAAGACUCAAGAAGAAUUAAAAACUGCCGCCAAUGCUCGGUCCCUGAACGCCACUAAGAACAAAGCAAUUUAUACGCAGAUUGUGAAUGCUGUCUUGGGCAUUUACUUGAUUUAUUUGGUGUGGAACUUCAAGUUUGACCCUGUACUCAUCAUUCCGGAAGGCUGGCUUUACCCACUUGAAGGGAUCCUCAGUUGGCCGACAGGCCAACCCGGUGCAAUAUCCGUAGCAGUCUGGCUCACUUUGUCUAGGACUAGUAUUAGGGUUUUAUCUAGUUUAAAAUAAAAGAAUUGUUUUUUUAUACUCUA